AAAUUGUCGAGAGGCUUAUGUCAGCAAUUAAACGCGCUUUAGAACCGACCACCAAGAUCGUGAACGUUAUCCUGGUACGCGUUCUAUCAGAAGAAAAUUACACUCAAAACAUCUGCAUAACAUUAUGUCGGACUGGACGACAGACUCAAAUGAAUGCCUCUCUAUAUCUCUGGUGCGUUCCGCGGAGGACGAGAAAGCUUUAACAGAAGAUGAAUCCUACGAAGACUUUCACCCUGCUUUUACCUAUCCGAUCUUUGGAGAGGAAGAGAAAAUAUAUGGUUACAAGAACCUCACUAUUGACCUCAAGUUCGCUUCCGGCUCCCUCAAGCAAUAUCUUUCCGUGAAAUGGUCAGACAAACUAAAAUCGGCGGAUACGGUUGACAAUGUGGAUGGCACCAUACGUGAAUUCCUUGCGGAAGGCAUUGAAGCGAAUGAAGACGCGUUCCGAGUUCAGGUGGAAGAAGACGCAAUCUCGUUUAAACCGUCUGGAGAGAUGAUCUAUUCAUAUACAAGAUCUGCGUCAAAGGGAAAGGGCAAGGGCUCUGCGGUGGAACAACACAAUCCAGAAGAUGAGGACACUAUUGUUUAUGAAGUCUACCAUAAUACCUGGAAUGUCCCUGGUUUCAAAGAAUAUCAUCGAAAAAUGCAGAUUUUUAUCUUGCUUUACAUUGAAGCAGGGUCUUAUAUCAAUGAAGAAGAAGACGGGUGGGAGUUCGUCGUGUUAUACGAAAAACGGAAAAGACGAAAUGCACCCCAUAUUACAACAUAUCACUUUGUCGGUUAUUCUUCUUUGUACAAUUUCUAUUAUUUUCCCGAAAAAGUCCGCCUUCGUUUGAGUCAAUUCGUGAUACUCGGGCCCUACCAGCGGAACGGACAUGGAUCCGAACUAUACAAAGCCAUCUACCAAUACGUUCUCUCGCAGCCACGUAUAGGCGAAUUGACUGUUGAAGACCCUGCGGAAGCUUUUGAAGACCUACGAGAUAAGAAUGACUUGAAGAUGCUUCUCUCGACAAAACAGUUCAUGGAGGAAGGAUUCGGUCAAAAUUCAUACUCGCAUGGCGGCGGACGUGUGGGUAAAGUGGGGAAAGCUUUGAGUGGCUCGAGUAAGGGUAAGAUGGGUCCUCCGGUAGAGAAAGGAUGGGCGGAAAAGUGGAGGCUAAAGCUGAAAAUUGCUGGACGUCAAUUCCAACGUCUAGUGGAGAUGCUCAUCCAAAUGCAUUUGGACCCUAUGGAUGCCCGUGGACUGAGAGCUUACAGAUUACAAGUCAAGGAGCGGCUAUAUAGAUUCAAUUUUGAGGUGCUAGCGCAGUUGGAGAAAGAAGAACGGUUAGAGAAGUUGGAGGAGACGUUUAAAAGUGUCAGAGAAGAUUAUAAUCGGAUAUUGAAGCUAAUUCAUUGAGUGCUCUGCUGAUGUAUUAUCGUCAAUCUUUUUCGUUUUUUGAGUUGGGCCGCUGCUAAUGCGGAUGGCAGU